AUCGUGGAGAGCUAGUCUAGGAUGGGGUGAUCCCAGUUGGACCGUAUGAGAGUAGAUAGACUAGAAACUGUCUUCUCUCCGCUUCUUCCAGCUAGCUGUUUCCGCUUUGGGGAGAGAAUAUUUCUUUUGCUAUCCUGACCCACCCCAAUAUUCUGAUUUAAUUUCCCUCCCUUGUGUCUAGAGGAUAGCCCCAAGAGAGAGGGGAGCACUCCUUGUCACACCUGGAAGAUGGUGUAGUUUUGGGGGUCAGAUGACCGUAUGUCUUUGUGAUGAAGAGUCUGAAGGAAAUUUGAACUGCCAGCAUACUGGGUGACUCGGUUGCUGGGAUAGUCUAUCUGGGGGCACCUGGAGGUUAGUCAGGGGAGCCCACAGAACAGUCCCUUUCUUAAUGUGCUGCUGUGGGUAGAGCCUUCCUACAUCGUUCAAGGGCUUCAGCGUCGCCUUUCAAGUUACAAUGGUCCCGCUGGCUAUGAUGGGCAAGUUUACCUAAGGGCUGCUGGGUCUUUUCUGUGGCAUCCUGGGAGCUCUGUUAUGGGCAGCACUGCCUCUGGCCAGCACCAUGAAGCCUGAAUCAGCUUCCGCUCCGCUCGGGGCCUCACUCCACCUGAGUACUCAGUUGCUUGCGGUUCCCCUUCCCAGGGUCUGCUGCUGGUAGACAGUCAAACCUCAGCACUGGUCCUUGGUUUGGGGCUACCUUUCACCUGGCUCACUUCCCUCUUACGGCACCCUGAGCUCCAGCCCGGUCCUUGGUUUCCCUGGCUAGGACAUAUUUGCUGGGAGGAAGACAUUGCUGAAGGCUUGUUCCCAUCCUGGGCUACUUCUCCUUGAAUCAAGGCCUCCGGAUCCACAUGGAUAGCUGAGAUCUUUUCUUGGAGAAAGAUACUUCCUCCUUGCCUCAUCCCUGGUUUGCCUCACCCGACCGACAUUCUCUGUCUGUUUCUUCUGCCUCUUUAUUGAAUUUCUUGCCUGUGUGCCUAUCUAGGGCCGUGUUGUUUUUUUUUUCUCCUUCCCCUUUCCUCCUAGCAUUCCCGUGUGUGUUCUUCUUGUCUUUUCUUGUACCACUCUGUUUUCUUUCCUUUCCCUCACCAACGCCUAUCCCCUAACUCCCGCCCCCAGGGCCGUUCCCUGGCCUGCCUGCUCCUCUCUGCUCCCACCCAGCAGCCAACAUGAGCUUUACCCUCCACUCAGUUUUCUUCACCCUGAAGGUGAGCAUCUUUCUGGGCUCCCUGGUGGGGCUCUGCCUGGGUCUGGAGUUCAUGGGCCUCCCUAACCAGUGGGCCCGCUAUCUGCGCUGGGAUGCUAGCACGCGCAGUGACCUGAGCUUCCAGUUCAAGACCAAUGUUUCCACUGGGCUGCUCCUGUAUUUGGAUGAUGGUGGUGUCUGUGACUUCCUCUGCCUCUCCCUGGUGGAUGGCCGUGUUCAGCUCCGCUUUAGCAUGGACUGCGCCGAGACCACUGUGUUGUCCAACAAGCAGGUGAACGACAGCAGUUGGCACUUCCUCAUGGUGAGCCGUGACCGUGUGCGCACUGGGCUGGUGAUUGAUGGUGAGGGCCAGUCUGGCGAGCUACGGCCCCAGCGGCCCUACAUGGAUGUGGUCAGUGAUUUGUUCCUCGGUGGCGUCCCCGCUGACAUUCGACCUUCUGCCCUGACCCUUGAUGGAGUACAGAACAUGCCUGGCUUUAAGGGAUUAAUGCUGGAUCUCAAGUAUGGCAACUCGGAACCUCGGCUUCUCGGGAGCCAGAGUGUCCAGUUAGAAGCAGAGGGACCCUGUGGCGAGCGUCCCUGUGAAAAUGGUGGGAUCUGCUUCCUCUUGGAUGGUCAUCCCACCUGUGACUGUUCUACCACUGGCUAUGGCGGCACACUCUGCUCAGAAGAUGUCAGUCAAGGUCCAGGCCUCUCCCAUCUUAUGAUGAGUGAACAAGGUAGAAGUAAAGCUCGAGAGGAGAACGUGGCCACCUUCCGAGGCUCAGAGUAUCUGUGCUAUGACCUGUCCCAGAAUCCCAUCCAGAGCAGCAGCGAUGAAAUCACCCUUUCCUUUAAGACCUGGCAACGCAAUGGGCUCAUCCUCCACACGGGCAAGUCGGCCGACUAUGUUAACCUGGCUCUGAAGGAUGGUGCGGUCUCCUUGGUCAUUAACCUGGGGUCCGGGGCCUUUGAGGCCAUUGUGGAGCCAGUGAAUGGGAAAUUCAACGACAACGCCUGGCAUGAUGUCAAAGUGACACGUAAUCUUCGGCAGGUGACAAUCUCUGUGGAUGGCAUCCUCACCACAACAGGCUACACUCAAGAGGACUACACCAUGCUGGGCUCAGAUGACUUCUUCUAUGUUGGUGGAAGCCCAAGCACUGCGGACUUGCCAGGCUCGCCUGUGAGCAACAACUUCAUGGGCUGCCUUAAAGAGGUUGUUUAUAAGAAUAAUGACAUCCGUCUGGAGCUGUCUCGCUUGGCCCGGAUUGGGGACACCAAGAUGAAAAUCUAUGGUGAAGUUGUGUUCAAGUGUGAGAACGUGGCCACUCUGGACCCCAUCAACUUUGAGACCCCAGAGGCUUACAUCAGCUUGCCCAAGUGGAACACCAAACGUAUGGGUUCCAUCUCCUUUGACUUUCGCACCACUGAGCCCAACGGCCUGAUUCUCUUCACUCACGGGAAACCCCAAGAAAGGAAAGACGUCCGGAGCCAAAAGAACACAAAAGUUGACUUCUUUGCUGUGGAACUUCUUGAUGGCAACCUGUAUUUGCUGCUUGACAUGGGCUCUGGCACCAUCAAAGUGAAGGCCACUCAGAAGAAAGCCAAUGAUGGGGAAUGGUACCACGUGGACAUUCAGCGGGAUGGCAGAUCAGGUACCAUAUCUGUGAACAGCAGGCGCACACCAUUCACCGCCAGUGGGGAAAGUGAAAUCUUGGACCUGGAGGGGGACAUGUACCUGGGCGGACUGCCAGAGAACCGGGCUGGCCUCAUUCUCCCCACGGAGCUCUGGACUGCUAUGCUCAACUACGGUUAUGUGGGCUGCAUCCGCGACCUGUUCAUCGAUGGGCGCAGCAAAAACAUCCGGCAGCUGGCGGAGAUGCAGAAUGCAGCAGGCGUCAAGUCCUCCUGUUCACGCAUGAGCGCCAAGCAGUGUGACAGCUACCCCUGCAAGAACAAUGCGGUGUGCAAGGACGGCUGGAACCGCUUCAUCUGCGACUGCACUGGCACCGGCUACUGGGGUAGAACCUGUGAAAGAGAGGCAUCCAUCCUGAGCUAUGACGGCAGCAUGUAUAUGAAGGUCAUCAUGCCCAUGGUGAUGCACACAGAGGCAGAGGAUGUUUCCUUCCGGUUCAUGUCCCAGCGAGCCUAUGGGCUACUGGUAGCGACUACCUCCAGGGAUUCUGCAGAUACACUGCGUCUAGAGUUGGAUGGUGGGCGUGUCAAGCUCAUGGUUAACUUAGACUGUAUCAGGAUAAACUGUAACUCCAGCAAAGGACCUGAGACCCUGUACGCAGGGCAGAAGCUCAAUGACAAUGAGUGGCAUACCGUCCGGGUAGUGCGAAGAGGAAAAAGCCUUAAACUAACAGUGGACGAUGAUGUGGCUGAGGGUACGAUGGUGGGCGACCACACCCGCCUGGAGUUCCACAAUAUUGAGACUGGUAUCAUGACGGAGAAGCGUUACAUCUCCGUGGUCCCCUCCAGUUUCAUCGGCCAUCUACAGAGCCUCAUGUUCAAUGGCUUGCUGUACAUCGAUUUGUGCAAAAAUGGUGACAUCGACUACUGCGAACUGAAGGCUCGUUUUGGACUGAGAAACAUCAUCGCUGACCCUGUCACUUUUAAGACCAAGAGCAGCUACCUGACCCUUGCCACCCUACAGGCUUACACUUCCAUGCAUCUCUUUUUCCAGUUCAAGACCACUUCAGCUGAUGGCUUCAUUCUCUUCAACAGUGGUGAUGGCAAUGAUUUUAUUGCAGUUGAGUUGGUCAAGGGGUACAUACACUAUGUGUUUGAUCUUGGCAAUGGUCCCAAUGUGAUCAAAGGCAACAGUGACCGCCCCCUGAAUGACAACCAGUGGCACAACGUUGUCAUCACUCGGGACAACAGUAAUACCCACAGCCUGAAAGUGGACACCAAGGUAGUCACUCAGGUCAUCAAUGGUGCCAAGAAUCUGGAUUUGAAAGGUGACCUCUAUAUGGCUGGCUUGGCCCAGGGCAUGUACAGCAACCUUCCAAAGCUCGUGGCCUCUCGGGAUGGAUUUCAGGGUUGCCUGGCCUCUGUGGACUUGAAUGGGCGCCUGCCUGAUCUCAUCAACGAUGCUCUCCACAGGAGUGGACAGAUUGAUCGAGGCUGUGAAGUUGCGUUGACCAAAGCUGACCUGCAAGGACCCAGUACAACCUGUCAGGAGGAUUCAUGUGCCAACCAGGGGGUUUGCAUGCAGCAGUGGGAAGGCUUCACAUGUGACUGCUCCAUGACAUCAUAUUCUGGAAACCAGUGUAAUGACCGUGAGUGUACAGUUUUUCUACUUGGGGUAUUUUGAAGUGGCUCCAGGAAAUCUUAAUGGGGGGAUGGAGAAAAUAAUGGUACAGAGAACUGUCCUUUAUAUACAAACUUUCGUUAUUUUUGAGUAUCACACACACACACACACAUAGAGUACAUUUAGUUCAUGUCAAGAAUGCCUAUGAUUACUACUUUGUCCAUUAGUGCUGCAGCAGGUACAUUGAUUAAUUUAGGUCUAAGAAAGGACUGGAUUAAUGGACAUGACCCAAUGAUGCUCCUGAAGAUGUUUCAGUAUCAUGAGUGUCUAUCCCUUUUUACCUUGCCACUCUUCCUCAUUAUUGUGACAUUUCCUAACCAUGACCCUUUUCAAGAUAAGCAAAUGCUUGAGACUUGGGAAAAGUACUUGGCUAGCCUGCUUUAGACGGCCAUUUUGAUUAUAUGAUCUUUUAAACACAGCUUUCAUGGUAGACAUGAACAUCAUAAUCUAAACUCAUUGGAAUAUUUUGUUAUAAAAUAAGUACACAAGGUUAUUGGAUUGAAGAGUGAAGUCAUAUCGAGGCAUACUCACAAUAAAAAUAUGUAUCUCCUUGUGUUUAGUUAGUUUCACUUGAUUCCUUCUUAAUCAAAUUUUACCAUGUGUGGAGGCCUCUCUUGCAGUUUCCAUUUCAGUUUUGUCUUUUGUGUGUUAAAGGUGAACAAAGGGGAAUCUGUCAAUCGAGAGAAAAAUAUUAUGUGCUAGGAUAUCUGCAAAAGGGUUUGGUAUCAAUCAUUUUUUCUGGGUAGUUCAGUGUUACUGAGAAUCUGGUUUCCAUAUUUAUGAUUUAGAAAUACUACUCUACUCUGAAACAGACAGUUAUGGGCCAAUCCAGUACCAGGAGGAAUUGUGCUUUCUGCUUUUCCCUUUCCCUCCAAUUUAUCUUUGGAAGACUCACUAGGACCCAUUUGUUUCCUCUCACUGGCGGCGUAAUGCCUUAGCCUCACAAGCUUAUUCCCAUUGAGCAUACAUCCAACAACAGGUAGGAAAAAAUGGCCAGGAAGAGAAUGCACACAGAAGAGGCCAAAAGGUAAGAUUUCCUAAUGAUCAUCAGUGUGCACAACCUUCCAAAGGUACAUAUGGAUUUUUCUGUCAUCGAUUUCUUGCUUUGUCACACGGGUCAAGUGUUUUCAGGUAAAGACUAACCAAGGCUCUUUCUAGGUUUCUAUUAUUUCUGAGUGUAUCUUGGGCAAUCUGUUGGUGUAUAGUGAAGUAUUUGGACCAGAAUUGGUAAAAUGUUAUUGCUUUUCAUGAAAUGAGUUUCAAACUUGAAUACUUGGAGAAAGGUAUUUUAGAUGUUGUAUUAUUAAUAGCAUUCUUGUAUCUUUUGCUCAUAGAAGACUUAAGAAAGCAAAUCACUCACACAUUCUAUUUGGCUUGCCUUGUUUGGGAGAGUGCACAAGGACUUCUGUUACUGGGUGGUGGUGUGUAAAUAAGUCACAUAGCAUGUGUAACACUGAGUUGAAACAAGUACAUAGAAGCCAGAUGCAUUCAUUGGAUAUGAAGUUUUAACCAAACUCAAGCAAAUAUAUCAAAAGACAAUGUUGACUAAAAGUAUUGCAAUUGGUAUUCAUUCCUUCAUCCAUUAUUUGACAUCUGAAUAAUUUUUAGGAUCUUCUCUUUAGUAUUAGAAUUAGAGCCAGUUUGCUGUGCCUAGAACCAGCCUCACUACUUUAUCUUAUAAACCAUUGUUUUCUAUAUUGAACUCGGCUCUUAGAGUUGUAAUUGGCUAUUUCAUUGCAUGAAUGCCCUUAAAGUAGAACUUACUGUCUGUUAUUCUGUGCUCCUUUUAUGUUAACGAAUUCAUGAAACUUAGUCUAUAUGAGGAUUAGAGAGAGUAUCAUCGUUUUGUGUCAAUAGAAGACUUCAAUAAGCUCAUGUAUUGUAUAAAUAAAGCUAUGGCUUUGUUGUGGAGAGAUUGAAAGAAAAAGAAAGGAUAAAAUAAGCUAAUAAGAAAAGAUGGGAAGGAUAAAAAUACAGAGAAGUGCUGGAAUCAGGUCAUAUAUAGACGAGCAUAGAGUCCCUUAAUCAUUAAUUGCUUGGGUAACCUACAUGUUAUAAGAAGUCCAUCCUUGACUAAAUUAAUACAAAUGUUCAUGGUACCAAUAAAAUAAGGCCUUUACUUAAUUUCUGGAAAAUGGAUGCUCUGUAUAUUUUCUCUAUUACCCAUCUUUUUCAUCUAUUAUCUAUUUUUAUCUAUCUAUCUAUCUAUCUAUCUAUA